AUGGAGGUAUUCUACUACUUGGUGUUCGGAGUGAUGGCUGCCGUAGUAGCGGCUCUGGAAAUGAGCAAGAGAAACAAGGAUCAAAACACUUCUUCUCCCUUCAAUUCCUUCAAAAACAGUUACGUCCUCGUCUUCUCCGUCAUGAUGGCUGGAGAUUGGCUUCAGGGACCUUAUGUGUAUUACCUGUACAGCACUUAUGGUUUUGGUAAACGAGAUAUUGGUCAGCUUUUCAUAGCUGGUUUCGGCUCCUCUAUGCUCUUUGGAACCAUUGUUGGAUCUCUUGCUCACAAACAAGGAGAACUUAUUUUAUCUGUGUGUGUUUUGGAUUCAGGGGUCGAAAGAGGGCAUGUGUACAUACUGUAUAGUUUACAUAGCUGCAUCACCAAGCAUUCUCCACAGAACACAGUUUUGAUGGUCGGUCGUAUCUUGGGUGGUAUUGCUACUUCUCUCUUGAAUUCUGCCUUCGAAUCUUGGCUCAUUGCUGAGCACAACAAGAUGCUUGUUAGUGGUUUGAUAGAACAUAUUCUAACUCAAAGCAAUGUCUGCUUCUCGAUGAGUGGCACAGUCAAUUCUUGA